CGAUUUUCCACGCCAGUCUCAGAAUUGGCGCCGCGUCCCUCCGUGUUGGACACGCGCGAAUUUUCCUCGAAGUUAGGGGGCCACCCCCCCCCCCCCCCACAAAGUCUCCGUGUCCCGACAGGUUCCUUCCUCAGUGACAACAGGUACCGGAAGACUGAGAAAGGGACGAAGCAGCCAUGACCUCCAUCAUCAAGCUCACGGCCCUGUCCGGAGUGCAGGAUGAGGGCGCCCUCUGCUACCUCCUGCAGGUCGACGAGUUCAGGUUCCUUCUCGACUGCGGCUGGGAUGAGAACUUCAAGGCGGACUUUGUGGAAAUUCUCAAACGGCACAUCCAUCAGAUAGAUGCAGUUCUUCUCUCGCACCCUGACACUCCACAUCUGGGCGCCCUGCCGUUUGCCGUGGGAAAGCUCGGGCUGAACUGUGCCAUUUAUGCCACCAUUCCUGUGUACAAGAUGGGCCAGAUGUUCAUGUAUGACCUCUAUCAGUCAAGGCACAACUCGGAAGAUUUCAAUUUGUUUACGCUGGAUGAUGUCGACGCUGCUUUUGACAAAAUCCAGCAACUGAAGUACAACCAGAUUGUUUACCUUAAAGGCAAGGGACAUGGCUUGUCUAUAACCCCGCUGCCUGCUGGCCACAUGAUUGGGGGCACAGUGUGGAAGAUUGUAAAAGAUGGAGAGGAGGAGAUCAUCUAUGCGGUGGAUUACAACCACAAAAGAGAGAUACACUUAAACGGUUGCGCUUUAGAGACUGUCACAAGACCAUCACUGCUCAUCACUGACUCACUAAAUGCCACAUACGUUCAAGCCAGGAGGAAACAACGAGAUGAACAGCUGCUAACGAACAUCCUUGAGACGCUGCGUGGGGACGGCAAUGUGCUGCUUGCCGUGGACACGGCGGGUCGCGUGCUGGAGCUGGCCCAGCUGCUCGACCAGAUCUGGAGGACCAAGGACGCGGGGCUGGGAGCGUACUCCCUCGCGCUUCUCAACAACGUCAGCUACAACGUCGUCGAGUUCUCAAAGUCUCAGGUGGAGUGGAUGAGCGACAAACUGAUGCGGUGCUUCGAGGACAAGCGCAACAACCCGUUCCAGUUCAGGCACCUGUCCCUGUGCCACAGCCUGGCCGACCUGGCCAAGGUGCCGAGCCCCAAGGUGGUGCUGUGCAGUCAGCCCGACCUGGAGUGCGGCUUCUCGCGCGAGCUCUUCAUCCAGUGGUGCGGCGACCCAAGGCACUGCGUCAUCUUCACGGCCCGCACCAUGCCAGGCACGCUGGCACGCACGCUCAUCGAGAAGCCGGGACUGCGCCGGGCAGAACUGGAGAUACGCAAACGUGUCAAGCUUGAAGGUAAAGAGCUUGAAGAAUAUAUGGAAAAAGACAAAAUAAAGAAAGAAGAAGCGAAAAAGCAAGAGCAAGCCAAAGACGAUGAUGAAUUUUCGAGCGACGACAGCGACCUGGAGGGUGACAUGGAGUACCAGCCGGCGGGCAAGGCCAAGCACGACUUGAUGAUGAAGAGCGAGAACAGUCGCAAGGGCAGCUUCUUCAAGCAUGCCAAGAAGUCCUACCCCAUGUACCCAUCGACGGAGGAGAAAAUCAAGUGGGACGACUACGGAGAGAUCAUAAAGCCCGAAGAUUUUUUCAUGCCCGAGUUGCCAAGCGUGGAUGAGGACAAGGGUGUCGAAGCUCAUCACCAGGCGGAGGAGGCCAUGGAGCAGGACCUGACCGAUGUGCCCACCAAGUGCAUCUCCAGCAGCCACACGGUCGAAAUUCGGGCCAAGUUGAUCUACAUCGACUACGAAGGGCGCUCAGACGGCGAGUCGCUCAAGAAGCUCAUCAGCCAGAUGCGCCCGCGCCAGCUGGUGAUUGUGCACGGGCCGCCUGACGCCACGCGCCACCUGGCCGACGCAUGCCGUGCGUUCGGCGGCAAGGAGAUGAAGGUGUACACGCCGAGGCUGCACGAGACGGUCGACGCCACGAGCGAGAACCUCAUCUACCAGGUGAGGCUCAAGGACUCGCUCGUGAGCUCCCUGCGCUUCUGCCGGGCACGGGACGCCGAGCUGGCGUGGAUCGAGGGCGCGCUGGACCUGCGGGUGGCGCGCGUCGACACGGGGGUGGUGCCCGAGGACGGGACGCCGCGCGACGACGACAACGCGACGGCCGGCACCUCGGCGGGCGGCUCCGGCGAGACCAUGGAGGUCGAUCGCCCGCACCGAGCCGCCCACGAAACGGAGGCCGCCCCCGGCAUCGCGGGCCGCUCUCAAGCGCAGCCCCUGGCCGGGCUGUUUAUCGACGAAGAUGCGACGACGUCGGCGCGCGUCACCGUCGGCCCCGAGGAGGGCGACAUCAUCCCCACUCUGGAGCCGCUGCAGCCGAACGAGGCGCAGGACCACGCGGCGGUGUUCAUUAACGAGCCGCGCCUCUCCGACUUCAAGCAGGUGCUGCUGCGAGAGGGCAUCCAGGCCGAGUUCAUUGGCGGCGUGCUCGUGUGCAACAACGUGGUGGCCGUUCGCAGGACGGAGGCGGGCCGCAUCGGCCUGGAAGGAUGCAUAUGUGAGGACUACUACAAGAUCCGUGACCUCCUGUACCAGCAGUACGCUAUUGUGUGACCUCUCUGGCUCCGGGCGCUGAAGGUGGUGAUGCUGAGAGGGCCUUUUUGGUGGCGCGUCCACUCCCCUUGCGUGACGAUUGUCUUCGUACUUUUCUAGUCUCCCCAUCCCGAAUGUAAAUGACCGCGACACGAAGCCGUGGAUCGUAACGUCGGGUAAGCUUUCGGAGAAAAUGCCAGUUUUUUUUUAUAAUUCAGAGCAUUUUUGACAAUUAUGAAAGGGAGACGUAGGUCACCGUUCGUCAUAAUUGGCCGUUCAAGGAAUGCUUCUGGUAGUGGAUAUAGUUUUAACCGAAGGCGAUUCUUGUGUACAGUAAACGUAUGUUUUCCGCUGUUCGCUGGCCAGGAUGGCCCGUGGAAUUGGAAUACAGAAUACAUAUUUUCACGGCUGCCAAUGUUUCCUUUUCCACCUGUACAAAUAAAACAAAUGCAUCCAUGUAAUGACGCUUGCAACUUGAUUUUAAUACCCAUUUGCUGUUUGUAAUCGAUACAUUUCCUGCUGUUGGUGAUGUUAACGGCAGUGAAUAUACCGGUAAAAAUUUAAAUGUUGCAUUAAUUUAUUACGUGCAUAUUUACAACAGCUCACUCGCUCCUUCACGAUAUGAAAUGCGGAAUUGCCACCGCCCGCUCGGCUAUACACGGGAGAUGCCUCGAUGCUCACUGAAGCAAGAAGAUAAUUUCCAACGACAAAGAUUGCAUGGCCAAUGGCAGAUGUAGCGUGGCCCGAUUUGCUCUGUCAACUUAUUUUUUAUUUUGGCCAGGAAAGUCUCAAAACUCUUUCAGGAGGGUCCUGCCCAGUUUUUGCAGUCGGACGGGUGACGUUGCUGUCAUGGCGAUUGAGUAAUUUGCAGGGAAUGUUUCAAUAUUGGGAUGUUUGGCCAUUUUUUUUCUUAUGGGAGAAAACGGAAGAACCCGGAGGAAACCCAUGCAGAACAGGAGGAGAGCGUACAAACCCCACACGCAGAAAGGUGCCCGAGUCGGGAGUCAAACCCAGGACCUUCCUGUUGUGAGGCGCCAGUGUUACCACUCGCGCACCGUAAAUGUUCCAAGGACCCAGACCAGGUAUUUCCCCAGUUGGUACCACCUGAGGUGGCACAAUAUGUCCAAUAACGGUGGAUCGCGAGAUAAACGUUUGAAAUGAGUGGCGCUAUCAAGUAAUUCACUCAUGUAUUCACCAUGUAAAUAUAUCGGUACUACGAAAGCUUUGCACCUCUGUGGUACCGAUUUCUGCUCUUAACCCAUGGACUAAAUGGGAAGUUUGAUUAUAUCUGAAAAGUGGCCAGAAUACUAAAAAGGUAGCAAUGCUGUAGAGAGACGGAGAGUAAGGUUAACUCUCCAUGCCCACAUUUUCACGAGACAGGACUUCGUUUUUUUCUAUAGAGGGCAGCAGCACAUGCAAUGCAUCUGUUGUCUGGGCUGCUCUCUCGCAAUUAGCCAAUCUGCCGCCCCUCGCCAGUAUCAAACAUUGCAGCGGAAUUGACACACGUCGCCUUUCACAAGUAUCAACUCGAUCAUUUUUGCAAUCGGAGUAAAAAAAAAAAGGUGUGUGGGCGUUUCCAGUUCGGCGGCUGCUUCCAGCUGUGUUCUGCACGAUUGGCGCACAUCCAGAUUAUGGGGUGAACUUUUUAUACGGUACACGAAUCUCACCUUUGUUGGACCGCGUUGAUCGCCUAAAGGUUAAAUUGGAUUUGCCGUUCGCACCGCCCGAGCAAGUGCUUGGCUUCUGGAGCUUCUUUGCAACUUGUUUUAGGCAGUGUUGUGACUGCAGCCCCCCUACCUGUUAAGUCUGUGACCUCAAUACAAAAUAUACGAGCACUGAUGCAGUAUACUGCCCUGAGCCAGUGAUGGAAACCCCACCUUCUUAUGGUGGGUGCGAGUCUUGUCAAGUAGAAUAACCACUGUUGACGUGCCCAAAAUCUGGUACUAAUUUUGUAGACCAUGUACGGAUGAUGGGCUGAGUCAAUCCCCAUCAGGAUUGAACUCGUGCCACGUUGCUCAGCAUGUGAUGUGACAAAAAUGUUUUUAUAUUUUCACAUGCAGAGCAUUCGUCAUUGUCUUUUGAGAGCAGUCUCCCAUAUCAAUAUGCACUGGUAUGUCAAGACUUACUAUCAGUCCCAGUACCCUUUGUAUCUAAUG